AUGGCAAACCUUUCAGAGACCGAGUACCCACACUGCAACCCAAACCCACUCAUCGCAAGGGCCAGCGCUUCAGUUAAACCUGAAUACCCGAUGCGCAGUUGCUCGGGCAGUUUUUCAGAUUCUAACCCCUGCCAUACACAACCUCCGGGAGCAAAGGCUACCGAAGGCCGCCUGUGCCCAGCAGCAACCCCUGCUGAGUGUGUUCACUGGCGCAGAGCAGGCCCUCCGGACCGGACCCCGCCGGGGGACCUCGGGGAGCGGCAGCGGGGGACCAGCUUUCCCGGGGUACCGCCGGAUGGGGACUGUUUUUCACCUAAGAUUCUAACCCCUGCCAUACACAACCUCCGGGAGCAAAGGCUACCGAAGGCCGCCUGUGCCCAGCAGCAACCCCUGCUGAGUGUGUUCACUGGCGCAGAGCAGGCCCUCCGGACCGGACCCCGCCGGGGGACCUCGGGGAGCGGCAGCGGGGGACCAGCUUUCCCGGGGGGCGCGGCCUACAGCGUGGCGCUGGUGGUGGCCUGCUACCUGCUGCCCUUUCUGCUCGCGUGCUUCUGCCACUACCACAUCUGCAGGGCCGUGCGCCUGUCCGACGUUCGCGUGCGGCCCGUGACCACCCACGCGCGCGUGCUGCGCUUCUUCAGCGAGGUGCGCACCGCCACCACCGUGCUCAUCAUGAUCGUCUUCGUCAUCGGCUGCUGGGGCCCCUACUGCUUCCUGGUGCUGCUGGCCGCCACCCGGCAAGCACAGGCCGCGCGGGCCCCCUCGCUGCUCGAUGUCGUAGCUGUGUGGCUGACCUGGGCCAAUGGGGCCAUCAACCCGGUCAUCUAUGCCGUCCGCAACCCCAACAUUUCGAUGCUCCUGGGGCGCAACCGCGAGGAGGGGUACCGGACUAGGAACGCGGGCACCUUCCUGCGCGGCCAGGGCCCGGCUCUGCAGGCUGGGAGCCGCAGUCGCCUUCGGAACCGCUACGCCAGCCGGCUCCGGGCCCGCAGCAGGAGGUCCUGUUCCACUCCGGCCAGCGGGGCGGGAGGGGAGCUGGCCAUGUGGGCCCGCAAAAACCCAGUUGUGCUUUUCUGCCGGGAGGGACCACCGGAGCCUCUGACGGCAGUGGCCAAACAGCCUAAAUCGGAAGCCCGGGAUACCAGCCUCUGACUGCUAGGUUGGACAGCUCCGGAAGACGCACAGCCACCACCUUUGUUCAGUGGUACGGGAUUCUUCGGAGACUCCUGGAUUUCACAAA